ACCCCAUCUCAACUGCAAACUACUCCAAAGCACUUCCUUCCACAUUCAACCUCAAACUUCCACCACAGCACUACACAGCAUGGCCAUCAAAAACCUCACGGCUCUCAUAACUGGUGGCUGUGGCCAAAUCGGCCUCGCCAUCACGGAGUAUUUGCAAUCCCAUCAUCCGAGCACCAAAAUUCACAUUCUCGACAUCUCAACACCCAUCAAGCCAUCCCCAGGCGUAAUUUACCACAUAGGCAGCAUCACCGAUGCUUCCGUAACCUCCUCUCAAUUCUCUCUCGUCAAACCAGAAAUCGUGUUUCACACAGCCGGACUCAUUCCAUCAAUCGCGGCACGUUUGGGGAUGGAUGAGGAAAAAGAUUUUAUGAAUGUUAAUUUGGAAGGUACGAGGAUUGUCUUAGAGGAAGCGAAGAAGGCCGGAGCGAAGGCUUUUGUGUACACAAGUAGUGCGGACGUGAUGAAGGGAAAUAGUUGGCAGGAUCUGAGGGGGGUUGAUGAGGAGAUGCCGAUCUCUGAGGUAUUUGAUAAUCCAUAUGGGAAGUCAAAGGCACUAGCGGAAUCCUUGGUCCUCUCCGCCUCCUCACCCACUUUCCCUACCACCGCACUCCGAGCCCAUGCAGUCUUCAGCGCAAAAGACACCAACCUCCUCCCCCUCAUGCUCGCCGCACCAAGGAACCUACAUCUUGGGCCAGGAACAAACCUCUACGAUUUCACCUAUGCGCCAAAUCUUGCUCACGCCCACGUUCUCGCAGCUAUCAACCUCCUCACAACCACCUCAGCCCCAAGGUCGGCAGCAGGGAAAGCGUUUUUUAUCACAAAUUCUGAGUCCCUCCCAUUUCGAGUGUUCUCGAAGCUGUUGUGGACAGUAUUUGAUGGGAAAGAGCCUGGGAAGGGAAUCACAGUGCCGACGAAUGUAGCGGUAGUGAUGGUUUGGUUAUCAGAGAAGAUUGCGGGGUGGACGGGCAAGAAGCCUGUAUUGACGACCAAGGAUUUGGGGGAUAGCUUGGCUGAGAGAUGGUUUGACUGUGGGAGGGCAAAAGAAAUUUUAGGGUAUGUGCCGCAGGUGAGUAUCAAGGAUGCGUUGGUGGAAGCGGCUGAGGAGAAGAGGAGGUUGGGCAAAGCAGCGACAGCUGUCGCGGAGAUUGGCUAGCGGUGCGUGUUGAUCUUUCAUGAUAUAAAGUUUAGCAUGGAAGAUAACCUGCAACAGUGGAAAUGUGGAAAUAAUACAAAAAGGUUCUUCUUUACUUUGAAAAUAAGAGAGGGAGAUCCUCCCCAGUAAAUGGAGGAAGACUUUGCAAAAGCAUUGAGGC